GUUGCUCUUCUCUGCUAGUGCUCAGCAAUCUCUAGCUCAUCAUGUCAGACGCUGGCUCUGAAGACUUCGACGAAGAGCAAGGCUCUCUGGGGGAGUAUGAGGGAGACAGAAAUGAAGCUGGAGAGAGACAUGGACAGGGCAAAGCUGUCCUGCCGAAGGGAGACACUUACCAAGGCGCUUAUGAGGACGGCAAGAGAUGUGGCCAGGGGACAUAUAAGUUCAAGAAAGGGGCCAGAUACAUUGGAGAAUGGUACAUGAAUUUAAAACAUGGACAGGGUAUAUUUUAUUACCCAGAUGGCUCCAAAUAUGAAGCACUAGAUGAAGCAACCAGUAAGAAAGAAAAGGCCGUGAAGUUGCGUUCUCCUCAUCGUGAUCAGGGCCAGAUCCUCUCUAUUGCCAUUUCGGCUUUUGUAGAUGAGGACAGAGGAGAAGCAGAGGAAGAUGAGACUCUCAUAAGCACCUCCUUAAAGUGGAAACCCAAGGCAGUUUCUGGGCUUUCUGUUUAGACCAAUGAGAAGGAUUCUGCCACCUCAGAUCAAGCCGUGGUGGAAAAGUGAGAAAGCCAUACAGACAGUGAGAAACACAGAACACCAAAAGAUGAUACAGGAAAAGAGGACCGCCGGUUAAUUAUACCUGCACACAUCUGACACUGUCACUUCUCAUGUUUAGCGACAUAAUGGGAUCCCGUAUCAGCCUAAGAGUUUCUGACUGUACAUUAUCAUGCUUAUUCCAUGGGCUCCUGACAAAUAA